GGAACAGAAGCAGUGAAAAAGAAGACUUUGGGCUGAUAUUGUAAAAUUCAGUAGGACCAGUGGAUGCCAAUGGAAUUCAGUGGAAAUAUGAAGCAGCCUUCAUUCCAGUUUUAACUAAACAGUAAGGUGUUUAUUGGCUGUUAGAUGCUAAGGGAAACAGUCUUUUUAUACAUUUUGGAAGUUUUGCAUUUUUAUCCAGCUUUUUAACACCAUGUUCUUAUAAACAACUGCUUUUUUUUGUAACAAAAACAUUUUAUCCCAACAUAGUUUUUACAAGUCUUUUUGUUAAAUUUUUUGAUUCAGUGUUAUAUGAAUCUUUUUGAUUGAGUUGGAGACGCCAAAGACCGAAACAUGAAUGGUAGCGACUUGUUUGUAAAUUAUAGUGCCCAUCACACUCUUUGCGAUGGAUGGACCAACAACACUGAAGGUGCCAUCUACCAUCUGGGUAACACCAUCAUUUUUUUGGGGUACAUGGGUGGCAGUGUAGCAUAUGGGGCUCUGUACAUCUUCAGUUUCUUGGCUCCCGCCUUCCUGUGUCUGGCUCUUUGGGGCUGGCUGACAGUGUGUGGCCUUGAUGUCUUCCUCUGGAACCUGCUGCUGAUGCUGCAGUGCUUGGCCCAGGUGUGUCAUCUGAUGUUUCGGCUGAUGCAGGAUGGUUUAGCCAAUGAGGAGCUUUCUGAACUGUACAAAGCUGUCUAUCUGCCGCUGGAUGUACCUGUGCAGGUGUUCAAAGAGAUCACUGCUGCUAGUGAGAACAAAGUGCUCUCUCUAGUGGCCGAGGAGACAUAUGCUGUGGAGGGGAAGACACCCAUUGAUCAGUUGUCCUUCCUCCUUUCUGGCAGGAUUAGAGUGUCCUUAGAAGGUCAGUUUCUCCAUUAUAUAUUCCCUCACCAGUUUCUUGACUCUCCGGAAUGGGAAUCCCUUAGACCAACAGAAGAGGGGAACUUCCAAGUGACACUAACCGCAGAGACAGACUGCCGUUACAUCUCGUGGCGCAGACGUCGGCUUUACCUUCUGCUGUCCAAAGAUCGUUACAUUGCCCAACUUAUCUCUGUCAUGCUUGGAAGUGACAUUGCUGACAAACUCUACUCACUCAAUGACAAAAUAUUUUCCAAGUGUGGCAUGCGCCUUGAUAUUCGUCUGCCUAGUCUCUACCAUGUUUUAGCCUCCUCGCCACAGGUCAGUGAGGGAGACAGUGCUAGCUCACCACCCCGGGGGAGCCAAGGAGAUCCUACAGUUGCCAGAGUUGAUCCAGCUACUUCUACCCAGGGCAGAGAUGCAAGAAACUCCAAGCCGGACAAGGGAAAGACCCCUGUAUCCAAACCUCUGAACCAACUGUGGCCCUCAGACACAGAGAUGCCCUCUGGUGAGGACUCAACCAGCUUGGUCCUGGAGGACUUUGCUGAUAUGACAGGCUCUCUAAUGGACUAUGGGAAUGAGAGGGAAUAUUUAAAGUAAACAUUGGGGGGUUGAAGCUAACACACCAGACCACUUCUUAAGUCACAUGUAAGUACAAAAGUAAAAAAUGAGGGAUGGGAGCAGUAUGAACAGACCUGGUUUGAGGGGGAGUCUGUUUUGCAUGAAGAGGCACAACUGCACUAAUAGACAUUAGACUGCACAAACACUGACUAAUUACGAGAAUGCAGAGUGAGGAAUGUGCAUGCAGCAUUGUUGUAUUUUAUUCAUCUUUUUGACCUGGCUUUUACAUCCUUAGUGUUGUCUGAUGAAUUCAGUGGAUGCAAUCACGGAAUGUAGUAGUAUAUUUACUAAUAAUAUACAAACUGAAUAUGCUACAGAAUAAGAUAACCGUGCUAUAUGUCUGGGACAGAAAUGUCCCAAAAUCUGACAAAACUUCUCUUUUGGGGAUGUCCUGUAAAGUAAAUAGUGUUUUUAUUUUUAUUUAUUUUUUUUUUAUUCUAAAAAGGCAAAAAUAAAUAAAUAAAUAAAUAAAAUAAAUAAAGAAUAAUUUUAAGUGGCAAGGUUAGGGUUAGUCUGUAGUAAUUAGAGGUCCAAGCACUAAACUCCUCCUAAACAGUUUAUCGAUUCCCACAAAAUUUAGCUUGAGAUGCUCAUGACAAAAAUUUUGCGAAAUAAUUUUGAUUUGUCAAAGUGUUUAAAAUAUAUUAUUUAUUAAUUUAUUUAUUAUUAUUUUAAAAUUUUUUUUUGCCGUGGACCAUAUUCACUUAUUAAGGUAUACCUUAAGUCCGAACUUCACGAAACUUGGGAAACUUUCACUUCAAGACAUUUUGAGGAUGCAUGCCAAAUUUAAUCCAAUUCUGCCCAUAGGGGGCGCUACAACUAAAAACCAGUUAUAACUCAACAGUUUGAUAGAGGAAGUAGAAAUUUGGCAAGAAUGUUCAAAAUGUCUUAAGUUUCCAAAGUUUGGUUAAGUUUGUGUGCUAACGUAUCCUUAAAAUACUGACUGGACAACUCAACCAAAAUGCCCAGCAGCAGCCAAUCAAAUUUCAGCAGCUAAUAACUUGCGUUGUUAAUGGCUGAUCAUUAUGAAAUUUGACAGAACUUCGUCAGUAUACCAAAUUUUGUGAGAAUUGUCCACAAGUUGGCACUAUAUAAUAAGGUAAUAUACAGUAUAUUUUAGCGGUAAUAACUCGUGAAGUGAAAUUGCUAGCAAAGUAACUAUUUUUUGUUUAUUGUGGGAGAAAAAUGUUUAGGGGUAGUAGACAGAAAAAACAUCAUUAGCACAGAAUAAAACAAUAGAAUUCAAUGAAAAGUCCCCAGCAUGAUAGAAAAACAUGCAUAUGUGUUGUCGCGUGUGUGUGUAUUUCUGUCAAGAAUUAAAAGGUUUCCUUGGGUAAGAGAGUUUUAUUUAGUCCAUGGUAGUUGAGUUAUAUUCAGUGUUUCUGUCUUGGGAUAUUUUUGAUAGAUGUUUCUAUGCUUAGGAGAAGGGUGGUAUUAUUUGACUACACAUACUUGUGUCACUGACCGGGAGGGGUUAGGGUUAGGUUUAGGGUUAGGGUUAGGGUUCCACUUCGAUUCUAAAGAGGAUAUGCUCCACUGGCCCCUACUGACACCCCUAAGUUGUAGGAAUGGCCUCAGAAAUAUCAAGACCAUAUCAUGGACAGGAGUGGAAUCUAAACAGUUCCUAAUCUCAUCACAGCUGUAUUUCAUCUGCUGACUGAAGAUAACAUGAACAAAGAACAGAAAAUGAUUAAUAUUGUUUUGUUUGUUUGUUUAGGACAGUGACAAAAUAUAUUUACAAACCUUCAUCAAACCUUCCCAAAACUAUUCUUAUUUUUUAUUUAUUUAUUUAUUUUUCACAGAAAGUUAUUGUUUUACAUGAUUCCACAUUGCUGUGAAAAAUUGCUAUUUUUUUUUUUAAUAGUAUUUGUAUUUGCAUGUGGUUGUCAGCUAAAUCAGUUUGGAACACUUGAGACAGUGGCUUUGUAAAGAAGACAGAAACAAAUAAGUUUUUUUUUUUUGUUUUUUUUUUUUAAACAAACAAAUGAAUCCAGUUUAAAGAAUUUCAGAGUUAACUGAUAUAUAGAUUGAUAGAUAACACUGAUUUAGUUUAUGACAAAAUUGUGUGCUUUUAAUUUUGUACAACAUAUCAUAAGGAAUUAGUAAAUGCUACAACAUCAUGCACUGAUUUUAUUUAGAUUUAUCUGUAAAGAGAGGACUGUACACUGACCAUAUUAUGAAAGUGUAUUUUAAUGGGGCCAACUGUUGUUUAUUAAGCUCUUGGUUAAAAUGUGACUUGAUAUUCCUGUCCAGAGAUUAGCCUUAUGACUAAUUUUCAGUUAACAUAUUCUGAUUUUUAUAUAGUGUCCAGUAUGAUUAUGCAGAGUGCAGAAAUGUUGAAUUUAUGUUGUACCACUCCAAAACUUUUAAUCAUGAAAAUGAACCAAUACUUUCAUCAUAAACAAUAUUUUGUUACUGAUUAGUGUCCAAAAAACCCCCAAAACAAACAAACCUAAAACUAAAAUUCCUCUCUGCUGAUAUUUUACUAUUACACUCCCUGUAACAGUGCACAGUAGUUUUAGCAAAAAAAAAAAAAAAAUCUGAAAUCCUAUUUUACACACUGUAAAGACAAAUUUUGUGAAAAAAAUAAAAAUAAAUAAACACAUCUUUAACAGAGUAUUUAAAAGUA